CGGGCCCAUGCCGGGGGGGUGGAUCAAAGCAGGAACCCUUGCCGACGGGGACCUGCUCAACGAUAUCCUUGAGUCUGAGUUGAUAGAGGCGGCCGCCUACGACGACGACGAUGCCUCCCAGGGUACGUACAUACUUCAGGUACUUCACGGAGACUACGCUCCAGAAGGCGGCGUGCUUCUCACAGCGCGCUACCUUGCAGCGAAAGACGACUAUUAUAAUUAUUGGAUGCGGUCUGGAGGCCGCCCAAUCAAAGACGUCUACCACGUGUGCGCAGCUGCUGGGUGCAGGGGGGGGCCAAAAGGACAAAUCCAUAUAGAGUCCUGGAGGCCACUCGGCCGCGAGGACAUCGAGGAGGGCAGGCUCGCCUGGGCGGCGAAGCCAGGACUCCAGAAACGGAUUCUGGAGGCCCUGCGCGAGGGGGCUGAGCCAGGGGGAGAGAGCGGUGCCGAACGCCGCGGCGGCGAGGCGACGCCGCUGGCCGACGGGGAGCGUCCCCCUGGCCGGUCGCCGAGUGGCCGCCCAGCGGCGGAGCCACGAGCGGAGGCUCUGGGCGAGCCUCCGCCUGCGGGGCGCGGGGCCCCCGACGGCGCGUUGUGGGCUGGCGCCCGCAGCGUGCGACCCCGGCGUGGGGUCGGGGAAGAGCUAGAGGAGCUCCGCGCUGGCCUGGAGGAAGGCAACAACCGCCACGGCCUGGACAGGCCAGACCGCGCCCGCGGGCACAGGAGCAGGCGCCGAGCCCGCGCCGCGGAGAGCGGCGCAGCCCGCCCCGCCGUGAGGCAGCGAGUCCGCGGCGCGGGGGAGAGCCCAGCCCGCGCCGCCGCGAAGCGGCGAGCCCGCGCGGCCGGGAACAGGGCGCAAGGGAGCGGUCAGGAGACGGGCCCCGCCGGCGCCGCCGCCGUUGGCGACCGCUCGAGCACCACGCAGGGGCGGUUGAUGCGCUUCGCGCGCGAGAACCAAGGCAGGCUGGCCGAGAAGCUACUGUGGAAAAUGGCCAGCAGGGUUACUCCUGGGGGAGAGGCGGACUCCGACUCCGAGAACCAGACAGGAGCCGCACCGGCGGUCGCUUCGGCGUACCACUUGAGGGUGCUGUCCACGCAGCAGCCGCCCCUCUCGAAGCGCAACGCGAACGAGAUGCGGCUCAUGUGCAAAAUGCUCGACCUGCUCAGCCGCAACAAGGUCAAGAGAGCCAUGGACUUCGCAGCCCAGCACUUGAAAGCCAUCGAGCAGUCGGUGGCAGACGGGGGCUGGACCAGAGCCCGCUUCCUCGAAUUGUUCGAGGAGGAUGCGCCGUCCCUCGUCGGCAGGGGGGAGAAGUACAUGAUGCGGUCGGAGGUCCGAGCCGAGCAGGCACUCGCUCUCCGGAGCGGCUCGGGCCCGAAAGGGGCACCAAAGGGCGCCCGCUCGGACGAAGCUGGCGCAGCGGUCAACGGGGCGACGGAGAGCCGCGGCAAGGGCGAGGCCUUCAGCGGGAAGGGCUUCAGCUUCGGCGCGGCCUCGAAGAGCAAAGCGAAGGGGAAAGACAAGGCGGGGAAGUG